UCUGUACUCACUUUUAAGAACUGAAUUUUCAAAUCUUAAAAUUUAAAGCGCAUACUUUUGGCCAGCUGCGGGUUGGAGAGGCCAGCAAUGGCGGCGUCGACCAAGAGGAGGCUAUCCCGAGAAUCCUACGACGUGGCGAUUCUCUGCCCUUUGGAGGUAGAGCUAACACCCGUCAAAUGCCUGAUGGACGAAGAACAUGCGCGACUCCCGCCCGUACGCGGCGAUUCAAACUGUUAUACACUCGGACAACUAUCUGGACAUAAUGUUGUUGUUGCAUCCUUGCCUGCAGGUUAUCAGGGCAAGGUUUCGGCAGCCAAUGUCGCCAACGGCAUUUCGAAAUCGUUUCCAUCAAUCACUCUUCGUCUGCUUGUUGGUAUAGGUGGUGGAAUUCCGAGUAUAAGGCAUGAUAUCAGGCUUGGAGAUGUUGUGAUUAGUACACCAUCGGGUGAUAAGGGCGGGGUUGUUGAAUACGAUUUAGGAAAGAGCACAAUCACAGGGUUCCAAAGAAAAGGGUAUUUAUGUCCUCCACCAACAGAAUGGCUGGCAGUACUCGGCCAGAUGCGAUCCGACCACAGAAUCCAUGGCUCGAAGGUUUCCCAAUUUAUUCAAGACAUUCUACAAAAAUAUCCGCAAUUGUCCGAAUACUCCCGACCGCUGGACUCUCCAGACGUUCUAUUCAAUUCGAAAUACCACCAUAAAUCCAAGAAAAGUACUUGCGAAGAAUGCGACAAGAGUCAGAUCGUCGAACGUCCUGUGCGUGGAAAUUACGUGCACUACGGCCUCAUUGCCUCGGGAGACCGAGUCAUCAAAAACGCAUCCGAACGAGAGAAAAUAGCGAAAUCACUUGAUGAUGUGCUAUGUUUUGAAAUGGAAGCAGCUGGAUUGAUGAAUGACUUCAGGUGUAUCGUUAUCAGGGGAAUAUCUGACUAUGCCGAUUCGCACAAGAAUGACCGAUGGCAGCCAUAUGCUGCUCUUGCUGCUGCUGGUGUGGCGAAAGAAUUACUUGGCUAUAUACAUCCUACACAAGCUGGACUAUCCUCUGUUUCUUCAGUCGGUGUAUUUGAGAUUCUCAAAAAUGCAUACUCUGCCCAAAGUCGACUUCAAAUUUUGCGAAUAUCCGGGGCAAGUUUACCAAUGAAGGAAUGCUACAUCAAUCUGAGCGUUAUCCGCAUCUCGGCCAACAAAAAGCACACUUCUAUCCAAGACCGCAACCGACCCUGGCUAAACAUGGGAAGCGAAUAUACUUCUAAUAAUGAAAAUCUAUUGUUAGAUAACCUUUUUGAACAUAUCAAAGACUCGAAUGGCAAACUCAAACCGGUGAAACGGAUUUUAAUUCAAGGUCAUGCCGGUGUUGGCAAAACCACCCUCUGCAAGAAAAUAGUUUACGAGUUCUUAUAUGGCAGUAUGUGGCAUGAUUUGUUCGAUUGGGUGGUUUGGAUACCUCUCCGAAGACUUAAACAGAGUGCGGAUAGGACUUCAUACAAUCUUGGGGAUUUUCUCUAUGAGGAAUACUUUUUCCAGCAUCCAGAUGGAAGGUCUCUAGCGCAGAAAGCAUGGGAAAUACUUGAAGUGAUGAAUUCUCGCAACCGAUGUCUGUUCCUUCUCGAUGGUCUGGAUGAGGUAUGGCACGAAUGGGAGACUGGACAAGCUAUGCGAAAAUUCCUUCAUAAUAUCCUUGAAAUGCCCUGGACUAUAGUGACAACGCGGCCUUAUGCAUCUGGACAGCAUUUUGUAACGGAUAUCGACCUCGAAGCUGAAACCGUCGGAUUCCAACGUCAACAGAUAUUGAGUUAUGUUAAUAAUUCUGAAAUUGUUGCAGACAGAUCUAUAGCAGAAGAUAUAUUAACGUUCCUAAAAGUGAACCCACAGCUUGAAACCUUUUUCGCGAUUCCAAUUCAAUUGGAUGCGAUGUGCUAUAGCUGGAACACUGGAUUUCUUUCCGACUCGUCAAAGACGAUGACAUCUAUUUACCAGGCAGUCGUUCUCAAGCUAUGGCAGAAAGACAUCGUCCGCCUCCAAAAGAAGUGGAAUGAGAAGCAAAUCACAGAAGAAGUUGCUCGAUGCUUUCAAGAUCAUCAAAUUGAAAGAGUAGCCCAAGAGGAAGUCGCCAUUGUCGAGAUUCUAGCUUUCACUGGACUUUACAACAACCUUAUCGAGUUUAAUCCACGCGAUCGUGCGCAUAUAUAUCAAUUGACGCCAUCCCAAAAAGAGCAAGCGCCGCUAUCGGAGCAUAUCAUCGAAUAUCUCUCAUUCCUACGAUCCUCCAACCAGCCAAUGGAAAAGGGUGUACGAGACUACUAUUUUUUACACUUGACUUUUCAAGAGUUCUUUGCCGCUCGAUAUUUUGUGAGACAUUGGCUGGGGUCCGAAGAGAUGUCCUGUUUGACUGUCAUGGGAGCGCGGCCACAGACUUCUCUUAUUACACCUCUUUCUUUUCUGCAAAAGGAAAAGUACAGUCCGAGAUAUCGUAUUUUUUGGCAGUUUACAUCAGGGCUUCUCGAAGCAGGAUGGGGGCAGAUUACACCUACAAGAGAUCCUCUGAACUACUUUUUCGAAUGCGUUGACGACGAACCCCGUGAUCUUUUAGGCCUGUUACACCACCGAUUGAUAAUUUCUUGCCUCGGAGAAGUACCCAGAUGGGAGGCGUCGGAUACUGGGAAGAAUACAAAUUUGAUUGAGUAUCGGCAGCUACAGUGGGCACUACUCCUGUAUAAACUCUUUCAUCGAGAUUGGAGUGCUUUUCAUAGACUGCCAGAUCAUCUUUUACUCCGGAUUCUUGACGACGGACCAGAAACUAUGUUGGUGGAUGUAAUGAAGACUAUCCGUGGACGGCCUUACCUCUCGUUACCGAUUCUCCGGGCCGCCUGUUCAUUGCUAGAGACUAGCAAAUCUAAAGAGUUGAAAGUAGAGGCAUUUUCGGUUUUAGUAUAUCACCAUAAGUCUCUUUCUGCGAGUGAUAUCUGUCUUCUGAUUCGUUAUCUCUGGAAUGUAGACCCGAUAAUGACUUAUGAUUCACUCAGUUCCAUACAGUUCUGCCAAGAUGUGCCGGAAUCAAUACUCCAUUUUCUGGUGGACAUCAUCGAUACUUCUCGUGGGAGACUGCAUGCACUGGUAAAACGUUUUUUGCGUAGACAAUGUCUACCAGAAGCCAUAAUACAUAGAAUUGCCCUUCUUAUCGACCAUGCUCCCGCAGAGACAAGUCGUCUUGCAUCCGGUUGCAUUGGUUAUACGUCGACGCCCUCCAGUGAAACAUUCCGUUUACUAGAAAAGAUGAUCGUGCAUCAAAGCGACUUCGUUUUUAUCAACACUCAGCGCUUCAUUCAACAUGUUCAAGCAUUCCCAGAAGAAUUUGUUAUGAAUUUCGUUCAGCGCCUUGGCGGUACAAAUGAAAUAAUUAGGCGGAGGGCAGCAAGACUAUUCACUUGUUCAAAUAGAGUCAAGCCAGAAGCCCUAUACGAUGCUUUAUUUUCACUCAUUCAUGAAAAUGAAGACGAAUUGAGACGCGACGCAAUUUUGGGGAUAUUUUCUGGAACAUGUCCUCCUGAAAGACUGAUAAAACCAAUGCUUCUCCUCUUAGAAGGGAAGCAAAAGAAGCCAAAACUCGACCUUCUUAUUGCCUUCAAAAGUUGCACUUACGACUUGAAAGGUAGUUGGCCCGAAAAUGUAGUUGAUUCGAUGAUCAGGCUUCUUGCCAGUGACGACUGUGAGCUACGAUGUGGCGCGUUAGAAGUGCUUUCUAAAGAUGUAUUCAGUCAUUUCCAAGACUUUGAGAUUUUGACUCGACUUUUUUUCGAUGGCGAUGAGCGUGAAAAAGGCUUGAUUCUUGAUUGUCUUCGGCGGCCAGGUCUGCCCCUCCAUACAAUUGAGGGAGUAAGCGAAUACAUUAUUUAUGGUGGUGAAAGUAACAUAGAUAAAGUUAUUGCAGUUCUGAGCUGCCAAGAUAACUUGUCACUGAGGGUGUUUCAGAAUCUAGUUCAACUUCUAAGAAGGGAUGAUCUUGAUGCUAUGCAAAAGGUCGUACUGCUUUUUCGGAAUAGAAGCGAUCUACCAUCUGAAAUCCUUGAAGUAUUACUGCAAUAUUUUGGAGACGAAAAUCGAGAUACUGAUCCUGAUAUUGACGAAUUCUUUUCGGAUCGGGUGUGCUUGCCUGAUGAAAUGUUAACAGCUCUUUCUCAGGUCGUUAUAAAUGGGCCACCACUAGCGAAAGUCAAAGCAAUGUCUGUCAUCUGGGGCCAUAAAUCUGUAAGAGAUAUCAGUGAUACUUUGAUAUCAUUUCUUGCAGUCGAUGAUGUUAGAAUCCAAAAUGCGGCCAUGUGGGCGUUGGUGAACAGUUGGUCUGUCCUGCCAGCCAAGACAACCAAAGCAGUAUUGACACAUUUUAAAAAUGACAUUUCUGGAAUAUUUGACCCUGAUAUACUUCAAUAUCUUAUAGAUCCAUGUAUGGAUACAUUGCCCUCGUUGCUUAUGCAUCUUGAUGUGGAUUAUUUAAAGAUAAUGAUUCUAUCAUUGACUUAUAACGCGUUGUUUUCGACAUAUCCCAAUUUUAGCUUGUAUAUACACGAUGGGAAGCUCUUCGUGGACACAUCUGAAGACUUGAGCGAAACUGCAUUUGAAAAUGCCGAACACGAAGCAGAGUUUCGCUGCAGAAUUCAAGACGCACGAGAGGCCAUUGGUAUUUAUUUACCCAAUGCGUGAUAUCAUUCGCAUUUUUUAUCUAACUUGGAUAUUCUCGGGGUUUAACGAUAUUCACAAUUGUCAAUCCAGAUUAAAAACCCUAUAAUCUUUAUCUACGUCGACAGUUAAUGUAAUGAUCCGGUAAUGUGCAGAAAAGGAUAGUAUCUUUUCUCUCCACAUCUAGCAACCCAGAAGACUCUUCAAAUAGACUAUGGCGACUCCUUGAAAGGAUAAUGUGAC